CAUUCCUCGUUAUAUUUUCGAACAAUGAGGAUAAACAAGUUUGUUCAAUAAGUUUUGCCGUUCGAUAAGAAAAACAAAAUUUAAUGGUUUGAAAUACACUUUUAGUAUAGUAUAUUCCGUUAGUUUUCUUCGCCUCCUCUUUCGUCGUUUGCUUCAGCCAGCUCUCGAGACCGGCUGCACAUACAUACAUAUGUAUGUACAUAUGUAUCUCUCUCGAAUUCGAACUGGAAACAGUGCAAAACAUCUCGGUCGUUCUCUUGUGCAUAACUGUUGGUUCUUUUUCGGUCGUCGCUUCGUUGCUUUGCCGGUGCAUACAUUUUGGACAUACAUAUGUAUAUACAGCUGCAGCUGCCUAAACUCUAUUCCAUGUUCACGGUUGUUAGUUGAUAGUGAAGUUGAGCUGACUUCUAUCGAGAAGUUAGAGCAUUUGCGGUCCUGUUGGACACCAUUAGUUCGUUGGAGAUGAGCGAGGGCACAUUGCAUUGCGUAACUACACGACCUGCUAAUCAGCCAACUUUGCGUCUCAGCACUGCUAAUUGGCCUAUACCUUUGAAUAUCCAGCUUGCUGACCCUUCGUUCCAUAAGUCGCAGUGGAUUUAUCUGCUCAUCGGAGCAGGACUUUUCUUUGAGUUGCUGUGUGUGGGACAAAUUCAGCUGGCGCCUGGAUUACCUUGGCUGCAGAAGACACAUCUCGGAUGGAUUCUAUCUGGUGGCGGGCACUCGGCCCCCAACUCCUCGUCGCUUAUCGCAACCCAAUCUUCGGAUGACACCAAUCGCAGCACUCGGCUCGAUGGCUUGGUUCGUCAAUUUUGGGAAGUGGAGCACAUCUUUGAGCCAAUCGCUAGGGCAACAAAGGAGGAACUUCAAAGCGAGGAACACUUCGUCAACCAUCACACUCGCUUACCCCCACUUCGCUUGCCUAUGAAGCGAAGGUUAGAGUCCUUGGGAGAUUCCUAUUUGCAAGCAAAGCAGCGCUUGGGAAAACUUGGAGCGCAAGUUCGUGCGUAAUCCAGCUCUUUAUGAAAAAUAUUCGGCAUUUAUGAAGGAGUACCUGUCCCUCGAUCAUAUGUCUCUGUUGCCCAAGGAAGAUAGGCACAAGUGCAAAUAUUUCUCAUCAAAAAGAGGACAGCUCCAUAACAAAGCUGUGGGUCGUAUUCGACGGCUGUGCAGCUACCACAUCUGGUCUUUCUUUAAAUGAUCUGCUCAUGUCUGGUCCCACCAUUAAAGCCAAGCUAUUUCACACACUCA